AUCGGCCCCACAAGAGGAAUGGCCAGUAGCCCACAAAGACAACCCAGAGGGCAGAAAGAUCCACCCCAUGUCCAAAAACCUUUCUUGCAGCCCUAUGGUAUUGUGAACACAGAGCUCAGCCCAGAGAAAAGGAGAUGCCUGGUUAUCACAUCUCCCAGCCCCACCUCCUGGGGUGGUCAUGGAGAAAUGACAGCGGAGUGGGCCCGAGAGACCGAUGGCCCAUGCCAGCGAGCCCCUCCUGCCCCCCCAAACGUGGGCUCAACGUGAGUUCCUCAUCCCCAACAAGUCCUGGGAGUGUCCUGGCUUCACCCAGCAGGCCCAACACCGGCUGGCGCUGAGGCCGCCGCCCUGCACAGAAAUCAAGUCUGAGGUGCGUCGCCGACUCAUCUACCCCUGGAAGGACGCCCCACAGCACACGUGGGGCUUUCACACGUGGCUUGAUGUGGGCCGUUUGCCUGCCACCUUUCCCACCAGGCCCGACAGGCCCUAUGAUAGCAAUGUGUGGCGCUGGCUGACGGACUCCAGGGCCCACGGCUGCCCCCCAGCAGAGCCCCCCAUCCCCCCACCCACCUGGAUGGGCCAGAACAGCUUCCUGACCUUCAUCCACUGUACUCCUAUCUUCAUGGAUGAGAACAGGAAGAACCAGGUGAUUGUCAGGACGGUACAGGAAUUGAGAGAGCUGGAGAAACUCAAGCUGAGGAGUGAAGUCAGGGCACCCCCACUGGACACCAAGGGCAACAUCCUGCCCCCAAAGAACUUCAAGAAGUACCGGCACAUGUCAGCUGGUGGAAGGUUUGAACCCCGAGGCCUCCAGCUCCUGCCCAACCCACUUCCCAGUGAUCUUGCCAGGGGCUGGCCCUGCCCGAACCCUCUGCCUCAUUACCAGGAAAAAGCGCUAAAACUGGCCUUGCUGCCCAGUGCGCCCCUGAGCCAGGAACUUGUGAAGAAGUAUCAAACCCUGAUAGAGAACCGGAUUGCCUUGCCCCUCUGUCAUCUCUCCAAGGCACCACCUGAUAAAACCAGGAAAGAAGCAAGGAAGAUGAAGAGAAGGCCCGGACAGAUCUAAAGAGCCUCCAGCUGGGCGAGGACCGUGCAGGGCAACAGUGCUCUCUGCCAUCGUACCUUCAGCAAGAAGCCUUUGGGGUGGCUGGAGGACUGGCAUAGAGCCUCACCACCGUCCCUCCAACUACAAGCCACCUCUGUCCCCCAGGCUCCUGGAAACUCUACUGAAACCCUAAAUUAGUCUCUGUCUUCCUUGGAGGACUCUCUCAUAGCGAAAGGGAGGAUUGAGUCAGGUAGAGCAGGGACAGGAGAGGGAGAUCAAGUUUUUAGGGACAGAAUGAGGAGUGGGGAGAGAGAAGUGUGUGUGUAUGUGUGUGUGUGCAUGCACGCUUGUUGGGGUGGGGAACGAGGCAUAGUAAGCAAUGUGGCUAAGAACUUACCUUGACUCCCAUAACCCAUUUGCAACAUAACUGGGAUUGUUCAGGGGUACAGGAAGCUUCUGAGGCAAAAUAACCUCGAUUCCCCACUUCCCUAGACCAUAGGAUGUCUGAACAAAGACCAGAAGCAGCUCUGCCGGGUUGUGGUUCCCACACGGGGUCUGGGAGCAGAGGUCAGGCCAAGGCUGGUGCUAGAGGAUGGAAAAGUCAGGGCUGAGGACGGCUGGCCAGCGCUCUGCGGAGGGAUAGGAGUAGAGCAAAGUAGAGAUUCAAGGUAAAAUGGUGGUCACCUCAGAGCAUGAUGUAAGGGCCUUGGGCCUGCGUGGCAGGUGACCCCAGCUGCCCCAGCUUUGGUUGUGGGAGGUCAGAGAUAAGGGGCCUGAAGUGCAGGCAGGCAAAUCCUGUUGGUCAGAAAGGGGCUGCCCCCUGAGCUGGGGUGAAGAUUGCGUGUGGGUGGCCCAGGAGAAGGGGCAGCAGGGAGGUGGCUGGAAGGGAAGAAUUCGUGUGAUGCAGGCCUCCGUGUGCUCCUGUCCUACCCGGAGUUGGUGACCUUCUUCACUGUGGCUUCUCCUGGGCUUCUGGCCACUGCCCUCUUACCCACUUUUCUCCAGCCCCCUAGGUAC